AUGGAGCAACGGAUGGUUGGCGUCAACAGGCUGAAGCCGCACAUUCCGAAUGAAGUGCUCCGAGUCAGAUCUGGCGUGAAAGACAUUAUUGAAGCAAUGUACACCAGCAAGAAGAGAUGGGCUGGUCAUGUGUCACGGAUGACAGAUAAUAGAUGGGCGAAGCGGAUAAUUGAAUGGUAUCCACGCAUGGUGAAGACGAACAUUGGUGAGGCCACCACUGAGUGUGGAGAGACUUCAUGGUACGCCUGCACGGUACCACGUGGACUCGGACAGUGCAACAACGAGAUGAACGGAGAAAUUGCCAGUGCUGCAUCGAUGGCGUGA